UCUGUGGGAAAAUAUGUAAAUAUAAAUCACAAUUAAACACACAUUUCAGUGUUCCCAUGGGAGAGAGACCAUAUAAAUGCAUGGAAUGGGGGAAGAGCUUCAUAGGGAAUGAACACCUACAUUCACAUCAAAGAACCCACACCAGGAGGAAACUAUAUAAGUGCAUGGAAUAUGGAAAGAGCUUCAAUUGGAAUGGAAAUCUACGUUUACAUCAAAGAUCCCACACAGGGGAAAGACCAUAUAAAUGCAUGGAGUGUGGGAAGAGCUUCAGUCGGAGUGGGCAGCUAAGUUCACAUCAAAGAAUCCACACAGGGGAGAAACCAUAUAAAUGCAUGGAAUGUGGAAAGAGCUUCAGACAGAGUGGACAGCUAAGUUCACAUCAAAGAACCCACACAGGGGAGAAACCAUAUAAAUGCAUAGAAUGCGGAAGGAGCUUCAGUCAGAGUGGAAGUCUACAUUUACAUCAAAGAACUCAUACAAGGGAAAGACCAUAUAAAUGCAUGGAAUGCAGCCUGAGCUUCAAACAGAGUGGAGAUCUACGUUCACAUAGAAGAAAGCACACAGGAGAAAGACCAUAUAAAUGCAUGGAAUGUGGACUGAGCUUCAGUUGGAGUGGAAGUCUACGUUCACAUCAAAGAACCCACACAGGAGAAAGACCAUAUAAAUGCAUGGAAUGUGGGAAGAGCUUCACUCAGAGUGGAAGACUAAGUUCACAUCAAAGAACCCACACAGGAGAAAGGCCAUAUAAAUGCAUGGAAUGUGGAAAGAGCUUCACUCAGAGUGGACAUCUAGGUUUACAUCAAAGAACCCACACAGGGGAGAAACCAUAUAAAUGCGUGGAAUGCGGGAAGAGCUUCAGUCGGAGUAAUCAUCUACGUUCACAUCAAAGAAUCCACAUGGGGAAAACCAGCUAAAUGUAUGAAAUGCCAAAAGAGCUUUUCUGAAAAAGAAUGAAAAAUUAGAAAGUGAAGGGUUUAAAGUACAAUGGCUGUCAUAUUAUCAUUUAAGGGAAGAGAGAAGAUAUGAAGAACUGGCAUUAUGAAGAGGGGGAAAUCAUAACUUAAAGUUUUUAUGCACAUUCAUUUGGUAGUCAUUUGAUAGGCAAAAUGUACAAAUUGCUACUUCUAUUUGACAAUGAAGAAGAGCAGGUUAAAGAAUACAUAAUUAAUUGGACAAAAUAAACUGAGACAUAAAUUUGAAUGGAUCAAUGGAAAAAGAUAUAAAGAAAAUCUGUACAAAACUAUGUAUAAAUGUAUAUUACCCCAGAGAAAUUGGCUAAAGUGUAUAAAGGAUAUAUAUAUAUAUAGCAUGAAUGCCCCAACAUGGGCUUCCCAUCUGCAGAUUUAAGCAUCCAUGGAUGCCAAACGCCAUUAGUUUCAAUGGCUGCCCUCUUGCAUGCCCCUAUUUAAUACCAGAGGAAUUGAGGUCCUCCAUUUUUUGCCAUCUGCAGGGCAUAAGGAUCUUCCAUACCUGAAUCAAGUUAGUUGCCAUCUUAAAUCAAGAUAGUAACUUCUUGAGGAGAGUAUAGACUUUUAAUGGAUA